AUGCUGCACUCUAGGCAGCCAUCGAUGCCCGCCCCAAUCAGCGCCCUUGACAAGAAAUCGACCGAUGCCGAGGCCGAUGCCAACGCGGCCCUACGCUUCCAAGAUCAGGGUCUACCCUCCGAAACCCUCCCAUACUGGCUCGUUAAUUUACCUCGGUCGCAAUGGACCGCCGAAUGUCCUAGCUUUCUACGUGAUCAAUCUCCGAAGAAUAUUCAAUGCCUCUCGACCCCUGAUCACCUGUAUACCCGGCAGACCUGGGAGCAAGUGAAGGAGAUCAUAGGAACCAACCGGAUCGAUCGGUUCCAGCGUGUCCCAAGCGAGCUACGCAGGUAUCUAGAAUAUAUGGCGCACAUCAAGGCGGAGCAUACAUCCGUCAUGGGGUUUGUGGUCAAAGAAAGGCUGGGCUGGGGGGAUGGCAAUUGGGAAGACCUCAAGCCUAGAGGCGGUCCUUUUGAAUACGAGGAGGACAUCCGAAUCAUAUACAACGACUGGCCAUAUGGUGUCGACAAGGACAUCAUCCACCUGGUAGUGUGGACUAAGUUUGAGCUGCAAGAUGACCCAACCACAGACGACCUAACGGCAAGCGCACGAGGGGCUAUCGAGAGCUAUGUGCAGGACACAUUUCGCUCUCGGGUACCACCCGAACAGGUGGUCUGGUUCAAGAACUGGAAGUCACUGAAGUCGGUCCCUGGGAUAGAACACUUCCACGUCAUGCUGCAUCAUCCCGAUAUGGCAUUUGUUAGGGAGAUCACCCGCGGAGAUGUACCACUGAUCGAACGGCUAUGA